CCCACCCUCACAGGGAAACAUUUCUCUUUCUUCUAACCAGCCCUUUGCUUUCCUUAUUAUCCUCGUGUGAUCAUUCCAUGACAAUUUAGAUGCAAAUUAAUUACUAAUGAUGGUGGCAUUUCUACUGCAGACCCAAAAGCAUCUGCAGACCCAAAAGCACCUUCGAGGCCAUCAUUUCCUACACAAAGAGCAGAGCAAAGCUGUUACGAAGCGUCGACACCACGAAGUGUCGACAUCAUCUCAAUAGCAUCAACCCUGCUGAAAAGCUCGUGGGUUAAAAGGUUGGAAUCCCGGGUUCAGGUUUGGAUCCCUCAGUCCAAGACAGACCUUGAAGGAUUGAAGCAUCUCCGGAGAAGGGAAAGGGUUGGAGCCCAGGGGUUCUGGGAGAAGCUGAGGGAUCUCAGGGGGGUUUCAUCUGGAGAAGAGGAAGCUGAGGGGAGACCUCAUCGCUCUCUGCAGCUCCCGGUAAAGAGGUUGUGGGGAGGUGGGUGUUGGGCUCUUCUCCCAAGGAACGAGUGAUGGGACCAGAGGAAACAUCUUCAAGUUGUGCCAAAGAAGGUUUGGAUUGGAAUUGGAUAUUGGGAAUAAUCUCUUUACUGACAGAGUGGUGAAGCCCAGGCAGAGGUUGCUCAGAGCGGUGGAGUCUCCAUCCCUGGAGGGGUUCAGAAAACAUUCAGGAGUGGCACUUGGGGACAGGGUUUGGUCGGCACAGUGGGGUUGGGCUGAUGGUUGGACUGGAUGAGCUUAGAGGGCUUUUCCAUACUUAAUGAUCCUAUGAUUCGAAGGUCACAGUACCCACUCAGCUCCGUGCAGCAGCCACCAGGGCCUGGAGGACACCUUCAGGACCACCUUCUCAAGAUAAAGUGGUGGGAGAGGGACACGGGGGACAUCCCCAAAGCCAGAUUUGGGCUCAGAGGUUCUUCCCUGCAAAGCCGGGUCGGGUUGGUAGGGAAAUCAAACCCUGGUUGCUCCAGAGGAGAAUGUGGACACACAUCAGCCCGAGGCCAGUAGAGUAAUCCCCAGUCUUUAAAGGGAGCAGAUCGUGGGUCAGAUUAGAUAAAGCCUUGAAAGGCCCAUCUUCAGAUUAGAUAAAGCCUCCAAAGCCCCGUCUGAAGACGUGUACGGAGACGUCACCUCUCCUGCCAGAAGGUGGUGAGGCUUUGUGCUAAUCCCACCACUUUCCCUACCACCGCGGCAAAACGCAGCCUCAAGAACUGAGGAUGAGGAGGGGGAAAGUUACCAUUUCUCGCUUUAAUUCCCAGUCCACAUUGGGGUUUUAUUCCUCCUUUUCGCCUCGCUGCAAAAUCCCAGAGCCGAUCCAGCAAGAAACAAAGGAACCGAACCCAACUUUCUCCUCCUAAUCCCAACUAAUCACAGAUUCCAGCGGAAGGAGUUACCUUCUCUUACUAUUAUUAUUCCCGCUCGUAUGACUGUGCCGGUUUUAAGGUCAAGAUAUGGGUGAAAAGAAACCAAACCAAGGUUUGAUCAGGUCCCACCAGCAUUUAGAGUUCCAGUUUGAGUGUCUACACCACCAUCUGCCGGGCUUUGAGGUCCAGCCCGGAGCUGAACUCAUCAGAAAUCGGGGCUGUCCCAAAAAUGACAAAUUGGAGCCCCGUGUGGGUUCCGUGAAUGAAAUGGGCAAACUGGGAAGGACUGGGUCUGCCGCGCGUCUUUGGUUAAUAGCGCCCACACUUGUGGGUGAGGAAGGUCCCGGGCGAGGAUGAGGCACCGGUUGCCUUCCUCCCAGCCGAGCAUCUCACAUCCCACCCCAGCGGUGGGCUCGGGGCUGUAUCCUUCUCCAGGGCAUCACCCCUAGAGUUGAGCAGCAGAUGGGGGUGAUUUGGGGUUGCGUUGGGUGCUAAAACCAGCAAGGAGAAAGAGGAGGAGGAUGAGGAGGAGGAGGAGGAGGAGGAGGAGGAGGAGGAGGAAGGAGACUGCUAAACCUGUCCUCCUUGAAAACACCUCCUCAUCUCCUUUCCUCCAAAAGCCUGGGGGUGAAGCAAGGCACGCGUUGACCCCACCACGCAGGUUUCUCUCUGCCAGGAGGAAACCUCCUCAACCUCUUGCCCAAUUCAAUGAAAUUGGAGACAUCAAAGGCGCUCGUUGUCCACACAAACUCCUCGGAGGCAGCUGGGAAGAAGAAAAAGAGCCUUCCCGAUGCCUGUUCCACAUGGUUAGACAUCAGAGAAGCCAAGCAGGAAUGUCCCAGAGAGGAACGAUGGAGCAAACAGCCUUGGGAGAAGAGGUUUGGCAGAACAGGUUGUUAGAGGAACAUCUUGGUUCUCUCCAAUGGAAGUUCUCCCCAUCGUUUUUCAGCCUUAUUUGAUUAAAUAACGGGAGCUGAGGUUGUUUAGCCUGGAGAAAAGGAGGUUGAGGGGAGAACUCAUCGCUCUCUGCAGCUCCUGGAAGGGAGGUUGGAGCCAGGGGGGUUCUGGGCUCUUCUCCCCAGUAACGAGUGGUGGGACGCGAGGAAAUGACCUCAAAUUGCACCAGGGGAGGGUUAGAUUGGAUAUCGGGAAAUAAUAAUCCUUCAUGGCAAGGGUUGUCAAGCCCCGGUAGAUGCUGCCCAGGGCAGUGGUGGAGUCCCUGGAGGGGUUCAGAAGAUGGGAAGAUGAGGGGCUCGGAGAUGUGGUUGAGCAGUGGAUAGGGACGGUUGGACACGAUGAUCUCAAAAGGUCUUUUCCAACCAAACCACCCCACGAUUCCAUCUCCCACUCAGGAGGACUCUGCCAGGAGGUUUUUGAGCCGCAGCUGGUGGAGCAUCUUUUGGCUCAACCGAAGCGAGGCGCGCGGUGGAGGAGCCGCCAGCAGAACGCGGCCACCUCCGAGGGAGCUCUGCGGCAGAGGCGCUACGAAAGGGUUUGGAGGAUGGGAAGGAGGAGCGUUUUAUCCAGCUGGAGCCACCGGCAGGGCUGAAGGGAAGUGGCAAGCGAUUAUCCCAGCUGGAAUGGGGCCAAGGCGUCUUGAAAUACCAGCUUGCAAAACUUUCACCAAAACAACGCCAACGGAGCAGAUGUUUCGAAGAUAACAGAUCGGGUCUUGCACCCGGCAAUCCUCCCCUGGAUUGGGGGAACCAGGAGAAAACCAUCACCAGGAAUUAACGCUGGAUCCUCCGUCCCCUCUCUGGAUCUGUGUGCCGAGCUCAGGGCUUUGGGUACAGCGAGAAGAGAAAAGCUCGGAUUUUUUGGGGGGGGCUCUGGAGGAAGAAUUCCCCUCUUCUUCCUCUGAAGGGAAUCCCUCCCGGCUUUUGAUCCCUCCGUCCCCUCGAGCCUCUCUGGAUCUGUGUCCUGAGCUCAGGGUUUUGGGUACAGCGAGAAGAGAAAAGCUCGGAUUUUUUGGGGGGGGCUCUGGAGGAAGAAUUCCCCUCUUCUUCCUCCGAAGGGAAUCCCUCCCGGCUUUUGAUCCUACAGGAUACGCGCAGGUCUGCCUGCACCCUGCAGAAGGCAGCAGCGUAUGCGACCUUUCAGUGCUUUUUUUUCCCAGUUUAAAGAGGGAUUUCUGUUCUUUUAAUGAUCUCCUGCACGUAGAGCUUUGCUCACCGCUCGCUGCAGCCGUGGACAACCUCAGCCCAGGCUCCAUCGCUUGAGAAUGGGGAGAUCCAACCAGCCAAGCAAAGAGAGCCCAGCUGGCACGAGGACCACGGAGGAGCCAAAAAUUCAUUGUUAAAUCAAUUUUCCACCUUUUUCCCACCCCAAAACCUCAGUCCCCGAGAGCUCCCUGUUGCACAGCGCUGCCAGCAUCCCCUCUUCGCUCCCUGCCAGCCAAGGGUUUGCAGCUGGGAGGGUUCAGGAUGGAAGGCAGCACCACGGGGACCUGAAAGGGGACGUGCGAAGGUGGCCUGUGUCCGUGCAAAGCCCGCGGCUUUACGCUGGCAUUCCCAAGAGCAAAAUCAUUGACCUCAUUGAGCAAUAGCUUGAAAAGCCAAAAGAAAAGAGAAGAGCUGGUGAUGACAGGGGGAGGAUACACCCUCCCUGGCUACAGGCACCGAGAAAACCCCCCCGACCGCCGAUUCCCACGCCGGCAAAACUCACACCCGAUGCUCUGGAAGGAGCAGCAAAGGUGAAAGGCAGCAGAGGAGUCCUCAGCCUUUGGGCUCUCCAGAGACCAAACCUCUUUAGCUGAGCUACACCAUCCUGGUCAGCCUCCAUCCAGGCAUCUCGAGGAACCCUCAGCUUGGCUACAGCUUCCCAGAGGGGCAAAGCACCCCCCAAAACGCUCCCCCGGCUGAAUCCAAACCACUUCUUUCCUGGGGCUGAGCUGUCUUGACAGCCCGGGAGCAGCUCCAGGUGCUUAACUUUGCUCUAUAUUUCCCCAUCCCGCGUCAACCGAACGCACCAGGAGCCCCCGAGUCCCUUCGCCUCCGCACCACCAACAAAGAGUUUGCCAUGAGAAACCCAAUCCUCUCCGUCCCACGGAGAAAGGGAGUAUUAACUACACCUCUACCAAGGAAACCCCGAGCACCUGGUGAGCGGCUGUAAAAGGGAAAAGCAGAGAGGAGGGAGCACCGCGUCGUUAUGCAACGGCGUUAUCUAACGACCACAGGGACACCCUAUCGGGGCUCAUUGUUUGCAGAGGGAAGGAGAAAGAAAUGCCACCACCACCUGAGUCACUGGUUCACCAAGAGGCUCCGGAGUUAUUUUCAGAUGGAAACUUUUCCAGUUUCACACGAUAAUUUGGGAGGACGGGCCGACUCCCUGGCUCCACCCACCGCCCCGUAACACAGCUCCCUGCUGCUCUUGCAUAUAUAGAUAGGUAUGGCCCUGCAGUUGGGCGCAGAGCGAAGGACCUGAAGACGGAGGGAACCUCAACUUUCCUCCUCUCCAGCCGCCUCCCGCUCGCUCCCACCAUGAAGAAGGAAAUAUUAACCCUGGCCUUCGCCCGCUCCGUCUUCGUCGAGUUCAUCUCCACGCUCAUCUUCGUCUUCAUCGGCCUCGGCUCAGCCCUGAAGUGGCCGUCCGCCCUCCCCAGCAUCCUUCAGAUCGCGUUGGCGUUCGGCUUGGCCAUCGCCACGCUGGUGCAGGCGUUCGGCCACAUCAGCGGCGCUCACAUCAACCCAGCGGUGACCAUCGCUUUCUUUGUCGGCAACCAGAUCUCCUUCCUCCGAACGCUUUUCUACGUCAUCGCCCAACUGGUCGGGGCCAUCGCCGGAGCUGGAAUCCUCUACGGCGUGACGCCAGCCAACACCCGCGGCAACUUGGCCAUCAACGCGCUCAACAACAACACAACUGCAGGCCAGGCCCUCGUGGUGGAGAUCAUCCUCACCUUCCAGCUGGCUGCGUGCAUCUUCGCAUCCACGGACAACCGGAGGAACGGCAACGUGGGCUCCCCAGCGCUGUCCAUCGGCCUCUCCGUUGCCGUAGGCCACUUGGUGGGGAUCUACUUCACCGGGUGCUCCAUGAAUCCAGCCCGGUCCUUUGGGCCCGCGGUCAUCGUGAGGAGGUUCAGCCCAGCACAUUGGGUCUUCUGGGUUGGACCCAUCGUCGGAGCUUGCUUGGCUGCUCUGCUCUACUUCUACAUCCUCGUCCCCUACUGCAUGAACAUGUCGGAUAGGGUGGCCAUCAUCAAGGGCACCUACGAGUCAGAGGAGGAGUGGGAAGAGCAAAGAGAGGAGAGGAAGAAGUCCAUGGAGUUGACCCCACCGUAGGAAGAGCUGGAAAAAACCCAAGCGAAAGGAGGGGAGGAAGCCCCACACAUGGGCUCGUGUGUGCACCGAAGCCCACUUGAUGAACCAGCUACGGUAGACUCUUACGUCUUCUAACUCCAAGAUCACCUGCGACCAAGAAAGGAGAAUUGCAGUGUCUGUGCAUAGAAUCCCUCUACGCGAGCGCUAAAACCUCUUCCAGCUUAACUGCAGCCACCGAAGCCCCCACGAAGGCCCCUCGGCUGUGGCUUUGCGCCCCGCUCGGCUGCGUCCCCGCCCUCCUACGGGCGAGUUUUGCCCCGUUUUCAGAGGCUCGAGCCCACCAGAGUGCCGCCGCACGCAGGAUUCCAGCCCCGUCUUUGAUGGAUCAAAGACCGCAACCACCAUGUAGACACCGGCGAAGAAGAACGACGGCUUUGGGCAGGGUUGGGUGCAGCCGAAUCCCCCGCUUGCUCCUCGCCACAGGGUCUUCGCUGCUCGUAGAUGCUCUUCCAGGCGUUCGCGGGUGAGUCCUAUUUAUUCGCGGCCGCAGAAGGAACGUGAUUUUGGGAUAUUGCGUGGAGAUCUUUGUAAUAUAGUCCGUUAUUUAUUGUGAAUAAAGGAAAUCGAAAGGAAAUCACGGGUGCGACUCCACGAAGGGAUGGGAUUUGAGGAGCAAAUCUGGGUUAAGGUGGAGGUCAAACCAACCCAAAGAGUUGGGGGAAGAGUUUGGACCUCAAAUCCCUCGGUGACCGUGGGCAGGAGGUUGGGAGGUGAUAAAGCCAUGAAUGCCAAAGAGGAGAAACGAGCGCUGGGGUGGGGCAAAGAGCAGGAGAUGUGAGGUGCCACAUCCAGGGUGGUUGGAAGCCCAUCUCCAAGGUGGGCAUGAGCUCCAAGGUGCGACUCCACGAAGGGAUGGGAUUUGAGGAGCAAAUCCGGGUUAAGGUGGACGUCAAACCAUCCCAAAGAGUUGGGGGAAGAGUUUGGACCUCAAAUCCCUCGGUGACCGUGGGCAGGAGGUUGGGAGGUGAUAAAGCCAUGAAUGUCAAAGAGGAGAAAGGAGCGCUGGGGUGGGGCAAAGAGCAGGAGAUGUGAGGUGCCACAUCCAGGGUGGUUGGAAGCCCAUCUCCAAGGUGGGCAUGAGCUCCAAGGUGCGACUCCACGAAGGGAUGGGAUUUGAGGAGCAAAUCCGGGUUAAGGUGGAGGUCAAACCAACCCAAAGAGUUGGGGGAAGAGUUUGGACCUCAAAUCCCUCGGUGACCGUGGGCAGGAGGUUGGGAGGUGAUAAAGCCAUGAAUGCCAAAGAGGAGAAAGGAGCACUGGGGUGGGGAAAAGAGCAGGAGAUGUGAGGUGCCACAUCCAGGGUGGUUGGAAGCCCAUCUCCAAGGUGGGCAUGAGCUGGGAAGAGUUGGAACCAAUCCUCCUCCGCACGCUUUGCCGGUUUGACUCAAGCAGGGCUUUCUGCCCCACCAGUUCUCCCGGCUGGCUCCAUGGGGGGCUCUCAAAAAGCACCUUGUGAUGCCUCCUCAGCCCCCUCGUCUCGUGCUAAACCCACACCUGACCUCUCCUGCUCUUCCAGUUCUACCACAACCUUCUGCCAAAGCCUUCACGGGCACAGGGACACCGUGUGCCGGCGUUGCCCCAACCAUCCCCUCCCACCACGUCCCCAUAUCCAACCCCUUCUUCUUGCUGCAAAGAGGAGGUUUGCACUGAGAACGGAGCCCCAAGAAGGUGGGAGAUGCUUGUCUGGGAGUUCCUUGAUCCCAACCAGACCUCCCACGGCAGCGCCACGGAGAAAAGAGGUCACAUCACCUCUAUUUUAGCACAAAAAGCGGCUUUGCAAUCCCGGCUGAGGCACCACACGCAGGAUUCUUGCUCCUCAUAUUCCUUCGCCCCUCCAAGUUCUCCACAGAAGAAGGUAGCGACAAGCAGGAGGUGGAAAAGUUUGGGUCCAGGAGAGUUAAAAUGCAACCCCGUGUCCUGCCUUAACCCUCCCACCCUCAGGGAAAGGCUGGGAUUUAAGACCGUUCCGUGCCUCAGUUUCCCUUUUCAUUAAGGAGAGGAACCUCGUGGGGAAAGAGGAGCGCGUUCAUAGGGGAAAUGCUCCGGGGAAGCAUCUCCAGGUCCAAGAAAUGUCCCUCUCGGAAUGAAACGGGGUGGGGGUCAGCAUCCCCAAAAACCGCAUCCCACAGCCCCCUCCCCCCCGAGGUCCUGAAGACGCUCCGAGUGGGGCUCGGACUCCCGGAUCCCUUCUCCGGUGCGGAGAAGAGAUGGGGACCAUAACGAGGAUUCCCUUCUUGAGGUCGGAGUGGGCAUCGUCCGUAUGUGUCUCUGCACCGGAGGAGGGAUCCGGGAGUCCCAGUUCACCCCAAUCGUGGGAAUU